UUUUUCUUUCUGAGAAAAAAUCCCAAAUCAAGGACAAAAGAAGAAGAGGAAGAAAGAAAGAGCGAACCCUAAAUUAUUCGAUCAUGCCGCUGAACAACAAUCUGAGAAGCGUAAUCACGCAGUGCCGAAAUUUCUCAACGAGGUCUAGCCGCUCUAGUGUUGUUAGCAAUGGAUCCGGAAGAGCUAUUGUAGCCAGCGGCGGUGAGUCUAAGUUGAAGGGUUUUAUGUCAUCAUUAGCUUAUGGAAAUUUUGCUUUCGGUAUUUUGGCGUCUAUCGAGUUACUGGAGUACCGUCGAACUAUCGUGAGGGAUCUGGAACAACGUGGUGGUGUUGCACCGUCGAUGCUGGCUGAUGUGCGUGAUUAUGUGCGUGAUUGGCUCCUCAAAGGAUAGAAUUCAGAAUAAUUCGUCUUUCAGUUGUCUUUCGGAUUUUAAUACCUGCUACUUCUAACUAAUCUAUGGUUGUGUGGUGAUGUUAACUCUAUGUGUAACGUUUUUUCUUUUGACGCUGUGUAGAAAUUUUUUUAGUAAUAUAUGGUUGUGAAUUUGUGAUGUU